AUGCAUAGAACUAAUCAGGAGAGAAAAGGAUCAAUAGUAUUGUUCGAUCCCGUGACUCGUCGAAAUCUACCAUUUGAUUACAACUUACCUGAUGAAUCCUUACCUCAGUUUUCUCACUACAGCAAUGACGAAUGGGUUAUACACACAUUCAAAUUAUUCGUUGGAAAAUGUUUCAAACCCAUGGUCACAAGAUGGCUCCUAAGUUUAUGUAAUGCUCGUGUUGAUGAUUUUAAAAGAAUAGGUGGUUGUGGCCGUCUUUUGGAGGAGUAUCAUAAGAUCAUUAACAGCGUGAGUCAAGUUCUUUCCCAUCUAAAGGCUUCUCCCAAAGCUUGUGAGGAAGGAAGAGCUUUGGUUCCGCUUUGCUUGUUCUUAGAAAAUGAGGUAGUCACAUUGGGAAAAAAGUUCACACCUUUCUUCAUUCUCAAUUUUCGAAUAUUCUAUAAGAAGCUUGUUGUAACAGAAGGACCGAACAUGAAGACGUUUGAAGGUCUUUGCGGAAGUCUAAAUGAGUGCCUUGGUCAAUCCUCGAAAUACAAGUUGGAUCUCAGUAAUGCUUAUCUGGAUACUCAAAGAGAAAUACUUCAAAACAUUAGGCUUUGUCCUUUGUUUUCUAAUAUGGGUCUACGUAGUGUGAUGAAUAUAGCUUUCAUGAGAGCUCAUCAUACUAUAACGUAUGCUUUUAUCGAUUACGUGUAUACAGGCACUGGUUGCCUUAGUGAAGAAAUCAUAGAUGUGGUAGCUGAUCUGAUGGCAAUUUGGACAGAAUCUGUACCUGAAGUGAAUAACAAACCAGAUGCUGAAUCUGGGCAAAUUCCUACUCAGAGUCCUCUGACAACAGAAAUGAUCAUAGUCGACUAUUUAAUUGAGAAAAUUUACCGGUUAGCAGUAACAGAUUAUCCAAAGUCUGUGGGUACCAUACAUGUUCUUCGAAUGUGUAUGGAAAAGAAUAAUGAUUAUGGGAGAGAGCGACUCGUCGAUAGGCUUGUAAACGAUGUAUCUGAAAAGCUGUUGAACGUUGCUGAGGAUACUACUAUCAUGUUAGAUGGUUAUGCUUCCUGUGUAGAAUCUUUGAAAGAAUUAGACCCAUCCUGCUCAAUCAUGCACAAAGUGUGCUCAGUUAUCAAAGAAUACUUGAAAACACGGCCUGAUACUGUGAAGAAAAUCAUCAAUUAUAUAACAUCAGAGAAACGGGAUCAGCUAUCAAAACAACUCAUAUCCAAAAAAGGUACGAUUCUUGACGAAGAGUUUUUUGCUGGAACGAACGAUGAGUUCCUCCCUGAGUCAAUGGAUAACACGGGUUGGGAAGAAUGGAAGCCUGAUCCUCCUGAUGCUCCGCUAGGUCAAAGUGGUCGCUUCCGUCAGUCUGCUGAUGUUUUCAACAUGCUCAUAUCAGUAUAUGGAAGUAAAGAGUUGUUUGUUAAAGAAUAUAGAAAGUUACUAGCUGAAAGACUGAUGUCAUACACACGAAAAGAUACUACUUUCGAGAAGAGAUAUCUUGAUGUUCUGAAGCUCCGAUUCAAUGACGGUGAACUGCAACAGUGCGAAGUCAUGCUUAAAGACGUAGAAGACAGUAUUCGUUUUGAUACCGCCGCCGCUGCUAAUGUCGCUGUCCCUAUCAACAGCUGUAUCAUUUCUUCUCAUUUCUGGCCCACCACGGAACAAGGGGAUGUCGCUAAAUUGCCCGAAGAACUAGAAAGAUCGUUAGAUCUUUAUGAAGGAAAGUAUAAGGAGUCUAAGACCGGAAGAAAGCUGAAUUGGCUUCGUGCUCGAGGCUUUGCUGAUGUCACCCUUGAAAUUGGCGGAGUUACAGUUGAGAAGGUAGUUUCCAAUGAUCACGCUGCAGUCCUUUACCUAUACUUGAUAAAAGAAGAGUGGGCUGCUGCUGAUGUGGCGGAAGAGCUGAAAAUCUCAAAAAGUGUUGCCAAGAGACGAUUAGAAUGGUGGACUUCUCAGGGAUUACUAAACCAGGAACUUCCGAGAGGGGGAACUUGCGAAGUUUGGAAACUGAUAUCAGCGCCUACUCAGCUGGAUAGCACAAAGCAGAGUGAUGAGUCUGAAGAUGAAGAUGAAGCUGCUUUGGAUGAUGCUGCUGAUGCCAUAGAUGCUUUAGAAGUAUACUGGAUGUAUACAAAGAACUUCAUUGCUCAAAACGAUAAUGUAAAAGCAGAGAGAAUUCACCGCAUGUAUAAGCUUUUCGGGUCACCAAGCUCACAGUGUCCGAGUCUGGAAACGGUCACUGCCUUCCUAUUCCGUAAAGUCAAAGCGAAUCUGUUAGAAUACAACAAUGGACAAUUCAAAGUUGUAAAAGAUUCAACCUAA